AUGGGUUCUCCAAGCCCCAGCCACGAGUCGCUACCCUUGUCUGGAUCUCAUCUGCAAUUCCAACUCCAACAGCAACCGAGUACCCAACGUUCACGAGGCGGAUGCCAAACAUGCCGCGUCAAAAAGGUCAAAUGCGACGAGACGCGACCGAUUUGCCGACGAUGUAUCCGCCUGGAAUUGACCUGUGAUUAUACGCGCAUCCCUCGCAAAAAGUACACCAGGCGCGUUAUCGCGUCCCCUGCUGCAUCAUCCCCUGCAAACCUGAUCGCCAGUACAGAUGCGGCGUCAACACCUAGCGACAGUCUCACAGGCCGUGGUGAUAAUUCGUAUCCUGGGGAGUUUGGUAGCGGAUCCUUAUCCGAUACUCAGAGUGCAGAUGUCAACCUACCACCACUGAAUACCAUUGCCGACGAUGGCCUGGCACUUGACCUCUCACCCGACUGUGCCGCUAUCCUGUCCCCUUCCGAUCACUCGGCAAUCCACUUCUUCCGAUUUGUCCUCCCAGGAAUGGUUGGCACACGGAUAUCGAUGCACAGCGGCCCUGGGCUGGUCUGGAAGUUGGCGCAGCAGAGUCCCAUGGUUCUUCACAUGGUCUGCGCCGUCAGUGGACAAACAUGGUCUGAGAAGACAAGCGGCUCCAAGUCAGAUGCCGAAUCCAGACGAUUAAGAGCUAUCCAACACUAUAGAGAUGGUUUACAGAUGCUAGCUGUGGCUACACAGAUCCCUAGCGAGAUAACCUAUCUUCCACCCGUCCUGGCUACACUAUGGCUCAUGCUCUUGUAUGAACUUAGGUUUGGGGAUGGGUGCGGUAUUGGCGUUGAUGCGCACCUGAGAGGUGCCACCUCGAUAUUACUGGGGCGCUCGAGACUUGCCAGCAGCGACAACGUUGACCCUCAUACCUCACAGAUCAUUGAGCCUGAGAAUUUCUGUCCUGUCUCCUGCAGAAUCCUCGUCUGGCUCUCGCACGCGGAUGGAGGUGCUGUUCUAAAUGGGUUUGGCGGGUACUUCAACAAUCUCCUGGGGACCUCCUCAGUAGACAUAUCAGAGACUGAAGCGCAAGGUCGCUUGCAACGCGUCAGGCAAUUGCAAAAGCGAUCAGUCCUUGCCAACUACGACCUGUGGGGAAGAUCAUACCCCCAGACUGAGCUACUGGAGGACAUGCAGUGUAGUGACCUAUCAUGUUUCGACGCCGAGUGCGCUCAGCUGAAGUUCAUGGUCGGUUCUUUAGCUACAGCCGAGCAUCGGGACAACGUCCCCCACGGUUCGUGGAGACAGUCUGUUGCAGGUGCCAUUCAAAAUGUCAGAUCCAGAUAUGGAGAGUUGAUAAGCGUGGCUAACCGCCUCGAACUUCCCGACGACGGACCCCAUAGACGGUUCGUGAUGGAGAUGCAAUCGGUCAUUUCCUGCUUUUACGCCAUAUAUGUCUGCUUUCUUCGAAUCACCCACGGACAAGAACCAAUGGCACCAGAGCAGCGCGAAGCAAUGAAAGAGAUCAUGUCACUAGCCUUUAAGGUCUAUCGAGAUCAAGGAGAGCCAGGUUUGACCCGGCUAGGCUGGCCAUUACCUUUCUUUUCCCCUAACCUCUGCUUCUACUCUAACAUUACCCCAACUGCCAUCGUCAUGUGGUCCCCAACCGGUGUCAUCGGACCCUUCCAGCCCAAAUCAAGUCGCCUUACGGUCAUGCUCCUCGUCGCAAGCGCAGCAGUCUACGCAACGACGGCUGGUUACGACUCGGCACUCAUGAGCGGAAUCAACAUCAUUCCCUCCUACACUGAGUUUCUAAACCUCAACACCACCACCCGCGCCUUGAACGUGUCUGCCAACUUUAUUGGAUGGGGCAUUGCAUCCCUGACCAUGGGCCCUGUCGUCAACGCGAUUGGUCGCAAGAACUCCAUUUUGGUGGCUCUCUUGACCAAGCUUUUCAGUAUUGGAUUGGUUGCUGGUUCUCAGAACUUUGCGAUGUUUCUUUCUGGUCGCAUUAUCCUGGGUGUAGCUUCUGGACUUUCCAGCAUUGCUGGUUCAACUUGGCUCGCCGAAACUCUUCCACCCAAUAUUCGCGGGCUCGGUCUAAGCAUUACGUUCUCCGUCUACUACGUCGGUGCCUUGAUCUCCGCAGGCAUUACCUAUCGCACUGCCGAGAUUCCUGGCGAAUGGUCCUGGCGCCUUCCUAUUCUCUUACAGAGCAUGUUUUCCCUGAUCUGCAUCUUUUGCCUCUUCCUAACUCCCGAAUCGCCUCGAUGGCUUUCCCACCAAGAUAUGAUGGAUGAAGCUCUCCAAGUCAUAGCGUCAAUUGCGGCUAACGGGGACCAGUCAGACGAGGAGGUUCGUCAGCAGUAUCAGAGUGUGGUUGAUAGCAGAGAAAAAGAGCGAACUGAAGGCAAGACGGCAUCAUAUACUGAGCUGUUCAAGACUCGAUCCGCUCGAAGACGACUCAUGCUUGCGGUUUCUGUAGCUGUCAUCGUCAUGGCAAGCGGAAAUAACAUCGCAUCGUUUUUCCUUGGUGACAUGCUCACGAACGCUGGCAUCACCAACAAGACCACGCAGCUCCAAAUCAACAUUGUACUACAGUCUUGGUGCCUUAUCUGUGCAAUGAUUGGAACAUUUCUCAUGGACAGAGCUGGUCGAAAGACGCUCUGCCUCUCAGCUUGCGUCGGAAUGACUAUCUUGAUGUUUGUUAUCGGCGCAUUGACAAAAACUUUCAGUACGAGUCAAGACCUCGCGGGUAUCUAUGGGACUGUUGCCUGUAUCUUCCUCUUCAUGGGUGCAUACAGUGUUGGCAUCACUCCCAUCACGCAACUGUACCCUCCAGAGGUUCUGAGUUACUCUAUCCGUACCAACGGAAUGGCUAUCUGGGCCGGAACAAUCGCGAUAUUCGCCAUUGGAACCACUCUUGUGUUCCCCAUUGCGCUGGAGGCUAUCUCCUGGCGUCUCUACUUCAUCAUUGGAGCUUGGGAUGUCCUUGAGACCAUUUUCGUUGCUGUAUUUUGGGUCGAGACAAAAGGUCUAUCUCUUGAGGAGAUUGACGAGUUGUUUGAAGGGGUUGUUUACAACGGCCAUGGAGUCGCCGAUGUUCGUGAAGAUGGAAUUGUGACAAAGGAUCAAGACGGAAAGGAUCGAUCAGUCUCUAUUGCGCGCUCGGCCUCGGAUGAGCCUUUUUCGGCUGAAGCUUAG